CAAAAGUACUUUAAUUUACAUAACAAGAGACACAUUCCUCUAGGAAUAUGUCGCAGCUAAGAAGCCCAUGAUCAUAAAUUUCUGCAUCAGUGCAUUGCUCAUUUGAAUGCGGAAAAUUCGAGUUGAUGCCGUCACUCCAACAAAAUAUCGUCGUGAAUAUUUUAGUCCAGGAGCUCUGCUACUCAGUGCUACAAUGAAAUACUGGGACAGUAUAAUAUGACAAUGGUGUAGGCAUCGCAAGGAAACAGUUGUUUGAAGCCUUAUAACAGUAAGGUUUCGCCGGUUUGGGCGAGCUGGCAAGAUGAAAACAAUAUUGGGUUUGGCAAUUAUAGCUUGUGUUGUGUUUGAAGCAUCUCUAACGGUCAUCGACACCAACAGCGAAACAGGAAAAUCUGCAAGUAGAGAUCAGGCUUCUGACGAAGAGAUCUUAAUUAUCCUUGGAAACGUUUUCCCACCAAGCCAGCCAGAAAGUAAACCGCAGCCAUUCAAGCCUAAUAAAUCCUACAAAAAGAUUCCCAAGUGCAUGAAAAAAGAAUGCAUUAAAGAAAGCGACAGCAUGUCCCAUCUGAUGGACACAUCCGUGGAGCCUUGUGAAGACUUUUAUCAGUUCGCGUGCGGAGGAUGGCUUAAAAAAGACCUUCCCGAUGAUCAUGCGCAGUGGUCCGUAUUUACUCGCUUAAAUGAAGAGGAAGAAAAUUUACUGAAACGUCUCAUUGAAGGACAAAAAAACUCAGAUAACAGUGUGGGGAAACUAGUUUACAACUGGUACGCUGCCUGCAUGGACGAAAAUGAACGCGACAGACUGGGAGCUAAUCCACUACUGGAGUUAAUACACAGCACCAUGGGAGAGAAGUUCAAGCCUUUUGUACCAAACAAAUUUUCUGAUAAAGACUGGAUACUAGAAGAUGUGCUAGGCAUCAUUCAUAGCAGUCUUAAUGUUUUUCCGUUUUUCAAAAUAAAUUUGGGCAUCGAUCCACGGAAUUCCUCUUCGCCAACACAUCUCUCGAUUGAUGCAGCAAAGCCGAUGAUGCGGUUACAUGACUCACAUUUAUCACAGGAAGAGCAUGAUGUAUUGGUUAGUAAGGCUUACAUGGUGUUGAUGGCAAACCUAGCGAAGCUUUUGGGCGCCCUAGAUUACCAGGAAGCGAAUUCUAUCGUUCAGGAACUUCGGGAGAUUUUACUCCUUGAAGUUGACCUGAUUAAGGCCAUGAAAAUUGAAGUGAAGAAAGAAGAGAGGGGUAAUAAAUGGACACUGCUCGAUUUUCAAGAGAACCUUCCAGAGUUUAAAUGGUCGAGAUACUUCACAAAGUUAACGGAAGGUUUGAGUAAUAACAACUCUUUCUCUGAAUCCGAAGUAGUGUUUGUUGAGGCUCCUGUUUAUCUGGCUAAGGUGGUCAAGAUUUUAAAGAACAGGCCUCUAGGAGUUGUCGCUAACUACAUCACUUGGUUAAUAAUCCACGAGUAUGGCCCCUACCUAUCAACGAAAUUUCAUGACGCUUACUUAACGUUCGCGCAGAUGGCUUACGGUAUAAAGAGAGGAAGCGCGUUAUGGCGGCGGUGCGUGCGCGGCACGACCAAGUCUGUGGAUAUGGGUGUGUCCAUGUUGUUCGUCACUGACAGGGAGUCGGAGUUUACUAAUGGAAGUAUGCAUCAUGCGGAUCAAAUGAUCGAGAAUAUACGCGGGGCAUUUAUUGAAAACUUAAAAUCCGUGAACUGGAUGGACCAUGAAACUAAACAGGCAGCUAAAGAAAAGGCAGAGGCUAUGAUCCAACAGAUAGGUUAUCCCCCGUUUAUCACGAAUCUAACGUUAUUAGAGCAGUAUUUUUCUGGACUGGAAGCUAAUCCUAAGACGUUUUUCAAGAAUCGACUCAAAGAAAACAAAAUAAGACUGAAAAACACUUUGGCAUCAAGAGGUCAACCCCUGAGUCGCUUUAGAUGGGACAUGCUGCCGACUGAAUCAAAUGCAUAUUACUCUGUUGAAAGCAAUAAAAUCGUUGUACCAGCAGCAAUUUUAAGACCUCCGUUUUAUCACAUUGCCAGCACACAUGCGCAGAAUUUUGGAGGAAUAGGAUUUGUGGUUGGACAUGAACUUACUCACGCAUUUGAUUCUCAAGGCGCAAUGUUCGAUGGAAAUGGAAACCUGAGAAACUGGUGGGAUCAAGCAUCUUACGCUAAGUUUGUGAAAAAAGAAGGGUGUAUGAAGCGUGAAUACGAGCAGUACUCAGUACAGGGACGCCCUUUGAAUGGUUUAAAGACUCUAGGAGAGAACAUUGCUGACAAUGGCGGUUUGAAACUUGCCUACGAGGCAUAUCACAAGUGGUCAGAUGAGCACGACCAUGACAGUACGCUGCCUAAGCUUGGUCUUACCCCAAAUCAACUCUUUUUCCUUUCGUUUGCCCAGAUUUGGUGCGAGAAAACCACUCCUAGUUUUGCACUGACUGAUUUACAAGUGGACGUGCAUAGCCCGGGAAGAUUUCGAGUUGAUGUUACAUUAAAAAACAGUCAAGCUUUUGCCAAGGCCUAUGGAUGUCAAGUGGGAAGUCCGAUGAAUCCUGAAGACAAAUGUGCUAUUUGGUGAUUUCCUACGAUAAAUAAAAAGAAUAUUGUAGUAUUUUUUUUUUUUUCAAAUAAGAGUAUAUUCCUUAUUUAUUUUCUUGAAUGGAAAUUUCUCCGACAGAAAAAUCUUGCCAUUUAUGCAUUAUUAAGAUUUUAAAGAAAACCGCCAAAUGUAUACAUCUUUAUUCUGUUGCUGAAUUGUACACACUGAGUAAAUAACAAUUGAUUUUAUAGGGGGAGGGGUGAUGUGGCAGAUCUAGUUGUCUUUUAACCAAAUCUGUUAUUAAACAGAGUUGACGUCUGUGCAUAUUACGGAGAACAUUUUAGUUAACAUUAUAAGUGAGAUAAAUAUUAAAACGAAAUGAAUCGAUAGAUGUUCAUUAACUGGGGUCAAUGUCAUGUAAAAAUAAAACAAUAACAACCUGU